CUGGUAGACUGGUGGCUGCUGGCUGGCUGGCUGAGCAGCAGGGCAGCCAGUUUCAGUUUUGCUUCGAGUCUGCGCGGUUGAGGUUGUGUCCGUUGACACGGCUCGUUUUCGAGGUGUACUCUCACCGUUGCAUGCCGACCGAGAAACAGCUGAGCGAUGAGCCCGAGCCUGAGCCCGCGGCGGGGCCUCUUCAGGCUCUGGCUGCUGACCCUGGGGCUCCUCGUGCUGGCGGCCAGUGGAAGCCGCGAGUCCCAGCUGCGCAUUGGCAAAGCGAUUAAUAUAUUCCUACGGUACGGCUACCUGGGCAUAUCGAUGCGCGUGAUACCCUUGAACGAAAGUUCCGAAAGCGAGCGAUGGAUAUUUAAGGAGCCGACUCGCAAUAUAUACAAGAAUAUGAGUGAGCUGUCAGAGAGUCAGGAGUAUACGGCGCCUGGCAUAUUCCAUGGCGACUUUCACAUGGAGUUCUGCGAGAAUCGUCGCCAACUAUUCCAGGCGUAUUUCCGCGACUUUACCAUUGAGAGUUUGGACAAGCCCUGGGAGGCGUUCACGGGCGGCUGGUUCCCAGAUAAUGCGGCCAAGAAGCUGGGUAUCAACACGUCCUUCAUUGUGGGCGACUACUCCUAUGUGCUGGUUCGCGUCGUUCGUUUCCGCGAAACGGGGAAACUUAAUUCCGAGAUACCCGUCAAUCAGCCGCUGGAAUCUGAUGUGCAAGCGCGCGUCCAACAGGUGCAGGUGGGCAAUGUGUCAUCGGCUGUGCGAUUUAUGGAGUCAUUCGGCACGCACUACGUCAACUCCUACACGACUGGCAAUUCGCUCUACCAGGUGUUCGUGUACAGUCGCAAGAACUACAAAAUGAUCAAGGAGCGCAUCAAGAGCAAAGGCCUCAACGGCCUCUCCAAACUUGACUUGUACAACUACUUUGCGCCGUGGUUCGCUGAGCACCUCGGCCAGAUACGCUCGGCCAGUGCCAACGCCACAGUCGAGCGCUGGGCCCGCCGCAAGCUGCAAUACGAGUACUACGUGGUCAAGUAUGUGACCCUGCUCAAGUUGCAUGGGAACAGCACGCUGCUGAGGUCGCUGGACAGCCUGCUGGGCAACGAUGCGAUCCUGCAGCUGGACCUGAAGGCAGUGAACGUUGUGUUCAGGGAUCAUCCGCAGAAGCAGAGCUGGUUCCACGAAGUGCUCGACAACAACAUGAAACUGUGGGAGCUCAACCUGCCACUCAAUCACCCAAAUCGAUAGGCCGAAUCGGACCAGCGAUUAGUUACUUUAAAGUUCCUCAAUGCAUGUUGUGCACGAAGAUGGCGCCCAGACGCUGCUAACGGCAUAUAUAGACGCACACUUAUAAACAUAUACAUACAUAUACGUGCAUAGUUGUAGUUAAGUUCUCUAGUGCGUAAUUACUGUUCUGCCUGUGAUAGCUUUUAGAUAGUUUAAUGAAACCCUUGUAACUGUGUUUUCAGCACGGUGCGUAGGUAAUAGAUCUGCAGUAAAGCAGUAAGCAUUUUACAUAUGAAAAA